AUGGGUUCUGAAGACUUCUGCAAUAUCCCUAGCCUUGUAGAUGCUAUGAAUAAGGUCACGGCAGCCUACAAAUCCUCCCUGCUUCCUGACCCAGCUGCUUCACCUUCGCCAAUCCUUUCGGAAACAGAAGUUGAGCGUCAACAUUUGGCAAGCGCUGCCAGGGGACUUUUGGCUGUUGUGCAAGAGCCAAGGCAGGCUGUGCUUCAGUUGGGGCUGCAGGGUCCCUUGCUAGCCUGCAUCCGAACAGCGAUAACACUGAACAUAUUUGGUUUGAUUCCGCACAAUAGCGAGGGUAUCACCGCUACAGAGCUCCAAGUCAAAACCGGAGCGGAUAAAGCGUUGAUUAUUCGGAUAAUGAGGGCAAUGACGUCCAGCAAGCUGGUUUUGGAGUUAGGCGAAGAGAGAUAUGCCCAUACCCCGACUUCGCUAGCUUUUCUGUCUCCAGUGUGUGGUAUAUUUACUCACUUGUUUGACGAGGGACUACCAACUGCUUGGAAGAUACCCGAAUACCUAGCUACCAUGGGCUAUAAAGACCCGAAUGAGAAUGGCAUGACCGCUUUCCAAUACGCGUUCCAGACACAUCUCCCCUUUUUUGAGUGGCUUGGGGUACACCCGAAGCAACGAGAGUCAUAUAUCACUGGCAUGAGUUCGAGUUAUCGCGGUGGGAAGAGUGUGGGACUCGCAUAUCCAUUUGAUAUCGAAUUGGCAGGUUGUACUGAGAAUGAAGUGGUGAUGGUUGAUAUUGGUGGAAAUGCGGGACAACUUUUGGUGCAAAUCAAGGAAAGGUUCCCCCAACUGUCUGGACGUAUGAUUGUUCAGGAUCGUGCCGAGACACUGAAGGCAGCUCAGCAGAAACAGGGGAUUGAGUAUAUGCCACAUGACUUUUUUACCCCGCAGCCCGUUAUUGGUGCAAAAGCAUAUUAUUUUCGCAGCAUCUUCCAUGAUUGGUCAGACGCUUUCUGCCGCAAGAUCCUACAAAAUCUGGUCCCGAGUAUGACACCAGGGUACUCAAAACUACUUAUUUCCGACGCCGUGCUUCCCUCGGUUGACGCACCCCUGUAUUGGGCGCUUAUGGAUAUUCAAAUGAUGGGAAUCUCCGGCCUGGAGCGAACGGAGAGACAGUGGCGGGACCUACUAGAGAGUGAAGGUUUACAAAUCGUGAAAAUCUGGGCUUCAAAAGCUAAAGAUGAGUUCGUUAUUGAGGCUGCCCUGCCAUGUUAA